ACUUUUUUAUAAUGCUCUAUCGUGAUUCUGUCAAUCAGCUUUUGUAUGCGUCAUUGUCCGGGCAUGUGCGGGGACCUUGUGUCAUUCGAUGAGCAGCACGUAGUUCGGUCGUCCUGGCGCAGUGUGAUUUUUUUAAUAAAACCGUUUAAACCUCUAUUUGCCGUUUCUUACAUGGUGGCAGCGGUCACAGGACCCAUACGGACGGAAGACUACUAGUAUGGCAUCAGGAUUUAGUUUACCGCCGCCGGCACCCCUAGAACUUCACGAUCAAAACGCCGCAGAGAAGUGGAAGAAAUUUCACUUAGCAUGGACAAGCUAUUCUCUGGCUACGGAACUUAACAAGAAAGCCCAACCAGUCCAAGUUGCUACUCUCCUCACAGUCAUAGGCGAAGAGGCUCGCGAUGUUUAUUCCACGUUUACAGAUUGGACCGAGGAGGGCGACGAGAACAAGAUUGCCCCGGUUUUGACGAAGUUUGCCGAAUAUUGCCAACCGCGAAAAAAUGUCCCCUUUGAGCGCUACCGAUUCAACCGCCGAUCACAAGAAGCAGGAGAAACAUAUGACCAGUACAAGACCGCACUUCGUAAACUCGCCGCGGGAUGCGAAUUCAAUACCAUAACUCCGGACGAAAUACUCAGAGACCGUUUGAUUUUUGGCAUACGCGACACAAAAGUCCGGGAGAGAUUACUUCGCGAGGCUGCUCUCACCUUAGCCAAAACAGACGAGAUUUGUCGCGCCGCCGAAAGCAUGCAAGCCCAAAUGAAAGUUGUUGGAGAUGCCACCGAAUCGGAAACCAACAAAGUAGAUCAAGAGCGUACCUCUAACGUAAGAAAACCAAAGAAGAAUAUGCGGAGAAGACAACAGCAAAGUCAACGCGGACGUAAUUGGAGAGAGUGUGACAAUUGUGGAUAUCAACAUAUGGAAAACUUGGAAUCCUGUCCCGCACUCGGUAAAGAAUGCUUAAAGUGUGGAAAGAGGAAUCUUUUCAUAGCGAAAUGCAAGUACAAGGAGGUCAAAGCCGCCGAUUUAGAAGACGAAGAGCUCUUUCAGGAUUACCAUGUCUUCAAAAGACCUGAGUUGGAGAACAGGUCAGUUAAGACCCAAUUAUCAUUAGAGAUUGACAGAAAGCUGGAAUUUGAACCACAGGUAGAAUGGUUUAUGCACCAGAAAGAGAAAAAGUACGAACUUUUUUCCAAAAGUUUGAGUGAUCCAAGGUUUGAUGAGCAGUGGUACAUUAAGAGGCCUGCUGGAUCUACUGAGCCAACAUACAAUAUUUUGUCAGCUUGGAAAGCAGGCUACACAGGGAAAGGAAUUUGGGUGGCAGUGGUUGACGAUGGAGUUGAUGGCAGUCUUCCUGAACUAUCACCCAACUAUGUAAAUACAUUAUUUCACAAAAUCAUUGUUUUUAAUUAUUGACGGCCUAGUAGGAGUGACAAACUCUUUAUUUGAUGAAAUACAUACAUGUAGCUAUGGUGGAGUGACUUAUCCAGGUGGCUUUUAGUCAAUCAGAACUCCCAAAUUGCAUCAUCAAAACUUGCAGUCAGUUACUGUAUGGUGU